AUGGCAGGUCUUAACGUGUCCCUCUCCUUCUUCUUUGCCACCUUCGCCCUCUGCGAGGCGGCCAGGCGGGCCUCCAAGGCCCUGCUCCCCAUGGGCGCCUAUGAAGGCUUCGCCCGGGAGGCAGUGGGCGCGGCCCAGCUCGGGGCCUGCUGCCUGGAGAUGAGGGCGCUGCUGGUGCUUGGGCCCUGGGCUGGGGGCUUCGGGCCUGACCUGCUGCUCACCCUGCUCUUCCUGCUCUUCCUGGCGCACGGGGCCACCCUGGACGGGGCCUCAGCCAACCCCACGGUGUCCCUGCAGGAGUUCCUCAUGGCCGAGGCCUCUCUGCCUGGCACGCUGCUGAAGCUGGCGGCCCAGGGGCUGGGCGUGCAGGCUGCCUGCACCCUGACGCGCCUCUGCUGGGCCUGGGAGCUCAGCGACCUGCACCUGCUGCAGAGCCUCAUGGCCCAGAGCUGCAGCUCGACGCUGCGCACGUCCGUGCCCCACGGGGCGCUCGUGGAGGCCGCCUGCGCCUUCUGCUUCCAUCUGACACUCCUGCGCCUGCAGCACGGUCCUCCUGCCCACAGGGUGCCCGCCGUGGCUCUGCUGGUCACUGUCACGGCCUAUGCAGCUGGGCCCCUCACAUCCGCCUUCUUCAACCCUGCCCUGGCUGCCUCCGUGACCUUCGGCUGCUCGGGCCACACAUUACUGGAGUACACGCAGGUGUACUGGCUGGGCCCUCUGGCAGGGAUGGUCCUGGCUGUGCUCCUGCACCAGGGCUGCCUUCCCCGCCUCUUCCAGAGGAAUCUGCUCUACAGCCAGAAGAACAAGUACCGAGUGCCCCGAGUGAAGCCGGCCCCGGCCUCCGGGGACACGCAGACACCUGCAAAGGCGUGCAGUGGCCGGGAGCCUGGGUGCAGCGGGGUGCGGGGGCCGCACUCCAGCUGA